GCCUGGUUCAGUUCGAGUCGUCUACGCCAUGCCAUUCUUCACUUUCGAGGAUGCUAAGACGUCCUUCAACCUCUUCUGCUGCAUGUACGGCAUCGGUACUCUGGGAAUGCCCGGCAACUUCUCGCGCGCCGGUCCCGUGAUCGCCGUCAUUGCUAUGGCCUUCAUGGCCUUCGCCAACAUCUACUCGUCCGUCAAGAUGUCGCAAGUCAUUUUGCUCGCUCCCAAGUCAGUCAAGACUUUUGGAGACUUGGGCGAGUGGAGCAUGGGGAAGUGGGGCCGCUGGCUCUGUGUCAUCUCUCAGAUGGGAUCAUGCCUGCUAAUUCCAUGCGUCUUUCUGGUGCUUGGUGGAUCCCUCCUUGACGGGCUGUUUCCGGAUGCCUUUAGCGCUACCGUGUGGAUCAUCCUCAUGGCACUCAUGGUGUUACCUGUAUGCCUCAUCCCAACGCUCAAGGAAGGAGCUGGUGCCGCCUUCGCCGGCUGCAUGGGCACCAUUAUCGCUGACGUGAUCGGAGUGGCUGUUGUCAUGUAUGGCAUGCGUGGUCACCCUACGGUGCCCUCUCCUGAUCUAAAGAUCUCUCAAGUGCUGGGCUGCUUCGGCAACUUGGCUCUGGCCUAUGGGGCUGGUAUCGUCAUCCCGGACCUUCAGCGUCAGCACAGCGACCCCACGCGCAUGCCUCGUGUUGUGCUGGUUACGGUGAGCUUCAUCUCAUGCCUGUUCUUGAUCCUUGCUUCCACAGCGUACUCGGCCGUGGGCUGCCAGAUUUCGGGCAACCUGCUGUUCACCAUCUACCCGGAUUCGAGCACCGGAAUGACCACGCUGGGUUUCAAGCCGAGCUGGGGCGCCGUGGUACUGGCCUAUUUGUUCAUGCAGCUACAUAUCACAAUCGCGUUCUCUGUGCUAAUCAACCCAGCGUUUUAUCUCGCCGAGCGUUUGGCUUUGGGUAUGCACAAGAAAGUAGCUGCAGACAUGGAGGUCGGUCUCGGUUACGCUGAGUCAACAACGCCAGCAAUUGUCCAAACGGAGUCGCGCCGCAGCUCAAAAAUGUCGUACGUUUCUGUGGCCGACAGCGAGCGCGAAUUUAAGGACGACCCAGAGGCCGAGGCGGCAGAGUACCGUGGUGGAAAGAACACUAUCAAGUAUAUCGCGCUACGUGUCGUCAUUGUUGCCAUUUUGGUGGUGCUUUCGAUUAUUUUCCAAGACCACUUCUCGGACUUUUCGGAUUUCGUGGGAGCGUCGUGCAUCACGACGAACUGCAUUCUGCUCCCAAUCGUGUUUUACCUCAUGAAGGCCUGGAGAACCAUUCCUAUCUACGAAAAGGCAGCGGCUCUAAUUGUAACCGUGGUGUGCUUCGUUCUUGGGUGCUACGUGACGUACACGACUGGCAAAAGUCUGUUUACCCCGACUAAUGAUGACACUGAGUUCCCCUACUGCGGUUCCGAGUACGAAAACCAGAUUUACUACAACUACACGGCUGAGCACGAGUCUUAGUUCUUGGUGCGCUUCUCGUUUUCUUCGAAUGUUAGAAUGUGUGGUACUUAGUGUUUGUGACAGAGUUUGUCAUAUAAUAAAAAUUAAACGACGGAUACUAACGAAAAGGUUGGGGCGAG